CUCUGCCCUGCAACAAAAACAACAGAAGAAGCAGCAGCAGCAGCAGCGCGUUGCCAGGCAGAGCUAAUCGAUCCCAGCGGAGCAGCAGGUGGCGCCGCAGAGACUCUCCCGGCCUCAGGUGAGUGUGAGCCGGACCCGCCGCAGAGACUCUCCCGGCCUCAGGUGUGUGUGAGCCGGACCCGCCGGAGCCUCCCCGCCGCUCCCGGACCGGAUCCGACCCGCAGACCUGCGACCCUCCAGCAGCCGAGCCGCUCCGUGUUCGUGUCGCUCUGGGUUUGACUGUUCAGCCUCGCGGAGCGGGAAGGACGGACUGCGGCUCAACAUGGAGUGGGGUCAGGACGAGCUGCUGUCUCCUGUGGUGAGAGAGGCCGAGGUGACGAGAGCCGCCCGCCGCAAGAGCAAGAAGGUGGCCUUCCCGUCGCCGGGCAGUGGCAGUCCGGGCGUUUCCAUGGUAACGCCAGCCCGCCCCCUGCUGAAGAACACACCCGCAUCUCUGUUCAGACAGGCUGUCACUCCCAGAGUUCCAGAUGUUUCCACCAUCUUGGCUCCGCCCGGCCGAACGCCCCGAUACACACACACACCCCGCAACCUGCUGAGCAGCCUGAAUUUGGAUGACAGUGAUUGGACGAACAGCCUGUACCCCUCCCCCCUGUCAGCGACGGGGGACGCCAGCUUCACUGAUGACAUCACCAACCUGAGCUCCGCCCUGCUGAAGGAGGACGAGCCGGGGGAGGCCGCGGCGGACAGUCUUUUCCCAGAGUUCCUUGCUUCUUUCCUGAAACAUUCUUCUUCUGCGGUGUUUGACCUGCUGGAGGAGUACCAGGCGCUCUGCCAGGACAAGGUGCACACCCUGCAGGCUCUGGUGCUCAGAGCAGGUCAGAGCAGUAAGACAGCAGGAGUGCGAUGGCUGCUGCAGCAGGAGAGCGCCACCUGGAGGCUGAUCACCUCCUUAUACAGGGAUCGGGUUCAGUCGGCGCUUGAAGAUGACAUCAUGAUGGACCUCGCAGCUCCCAGUGAGAGUGAGAAGGUGGUGGUGGAUCAGCUGUUCCAGCGAGACGCCGUCAUACGACAGAGUCAGCUGGUUGUUGAUUGGCUGGAGAGCAUCGCCAAAGAUCAGAUCGGAGAUUUCUCUGACAACAUCGAAUACUACGCCAAGAACGUCUGCUGGGAGAACACGCUGCACACUCUGAAGCUGAGGAGGACGAGCAGCGCCGGCCUCACCAUCCCUCUGGUCACUGAGCUGGACCCGGACGCCCCCCUGAGGCAGCAGCGCCCCCUGGCUGACCUGGACAGAGAAGACGACGCCCGGCUGCUGAAGAACCUGUUCACCCUGAUCAGAGCGGGCAUGACCGAGGAGGCGCAGAGGCUGUGUAAGCGUUGUGGUCAGGCCUGGAGAGCAGCCACUCUGGAAGGAUGGAAGCUGUACCACGACCCCAACAUGACCUCAGGCAGUGUGCAGCUGCAGCCGGUGGAGGGGAACCCUCACAGGUCGGUGUGGAAGGCGUGCUGCUGGAGGAUGGCUGAGGAGGAGCAGUUGAACAGAUAUGAGAGAGCUAUCUACGCUGCCCUCAGUGGAAACAUCAAACUGCUGCUGGCGGUGUGUGAGUCGUGGGAGGACUGUGUGUGGGCGUACUUCAGAGUGAUGGUCGACUCGUUGGUGGAACAGGAACUGACAUCAUCAGGCAUGGCCCAACAGGAAGUGGACGCGCUGCCUCGAGAAUACCUGGAGGCCAAUUGGACGAUGGAGAAAGUGUUUGAGGAGCUUCAGGCCUCAGAGUCAAAGAGGGUGCUGGAGGAGACCAAGCAGCAUUAUCACCUCAUCCAGAAGUUUGUUAUCCUGGGAGACCUGGACGGACUGUUGGAUGAGUUCUCUGAUUGGCUGACUGACCCUAAGCCCCUCCCCUCUCACCUGCUGCGGUUCAUGACUCACCUGGUGCUGUUUUACCGCUCUCUGGGCCUGGCCCUGAAGGAGGAGGUGUGUGUGGACGUGGUGAAGGCCUACAUCUCCCUGCUGGUCCAGGACCAGCGCUGUGACCUGGUGGCGUGUUACGUCAGCCAGCUGCCGGCCGCCCUCGCCACCGAGCAGUACGCCCACUUCCUGCAGGGCGUCGCCGCCCCGCCGCUGCAGCGCCGCUGCCUGCAGCUCGCCGCCACCGCAGGUCUGGAUGUUGCCGCGGUAACGAAGCUGGUGGUGGAGACGGUGAGAGAGAGGGACGACACAGAGUUCACACAUCACAGCCUGACACUGGACACCGCCACCUCGCCGGAGGACCAGAAGAAGAUCGAUGUGAUUGAUUGGCUGUUGUUUGACCCCGCCCACCGAGCCGAGGCCCUGAAGCAGUCCAACGCCAUCAUGAGGAAGUUCCUGGCUCUGCAGAAACACGACGCAGCGAAGGCCGUCUUCUCCAAGGUCCCUGAAGACUCCAUGAGGGAGAUUUACCGGCAGUGGGCGGGGCUCGGACAGGCCACGCCCCUCCCUGCUGAGGACGAGAACGCCAUCAGGGAGCACCUGUGCAUCAGAGCCUACCUGGAAGCCCACGAGGCCUUCUCUGAUUGGUUCAGCCACAGUAGCUCCGCCCCUCAGAAGCCAGUGCCCGCCCCUCAGGCCAAAUUCACUGAGAGAGUGGCCAAUGAGAUGAAAGAGAAGGAGUAUGAGGCGGACCUGGCAGCCUGGUCGUGUCGUCUGGACGUCCUGACUGAAGAUGUGAAGGAGAGAAUCUACAACGUCCUGCUGUUUGUGGACGGAGGCUGGAUGGUGGACAACAGACAGGAGGCGGGGCAGGAGGCGGAGCGUGGUCACCAGAUGGCGCUGUUGCGUUCUCUGUGUCUGCCGCGGCUCAGCUUCCUGCUGCUCAGCGUGCUGCAGAGCUCCAACCGCCACCAGGAGGCGCUGCGGCUCGCCGACAUCAUCUCCUCUGACCAGCACCGCCUCUACCAGGUUUUCUCGAAGGACGAGUUGCGGCGCCUCCUGCAGAAGUUGAGGGAAUCUUCUCUGCUCCUAUUGGACGGCGGCGUCGACCCACUGGGCUACGAGCUGCAGCCCUGAACACACACACACACACACACACACACACACACACACACACACACACAAAGGUGUUUGUAUCAGUUGUUUUUUGUGUGAUUUAAUUUUGUACUGAAUUGAAUAAAUAAAUGAGUCAAACGGC